AACACCAUCCUUCUCUUUCCCCUCCUUUCUCUUCCAUUUCUUUCGUUUCUUACAGAAAUUCUUAUCGUCGCAUAGUUGGGGUCACCACUCUGACAAGAUGGUUCGAAUGGAUCCCAUAUUCGAGGCUCGUACCAAUGUGAAGCUACAUUCAAAUCGCCUCAAAAAAGAAGCGAAUCGCGCCGAGGCGACCUUCAAAGCUGAAAAGGCAAAGGCCGACAAAGCCAUGAAGAACCGUGAAUUCCAAAUCGCUCGUAUUCAUGCGGCAUCUGCAGUACGCGAAAAGCGACGGCAGGUAACACUCAAAGCAGAAGCUGCACGUGCAGAUGUCAUAAUCAACGAACUCAAGGCUGCUCAAAGCACCCGCGAUACUUCCCGUACGCUUGCAUUGGCCUCACGGGGCCUGGACGUUGCGUCCAAGAGUGUCAACCUCGAGAGCCUUGUAGCACACGCGAAUAAUUUCCUUGCGCGCUCGGAAGACUUCAAGAUUGCCAGUAGUGCUAUUGAGGAUGUCGCCCAGGGCGUCUCGAUGCAGGAGUAUGGUGCUGAGGGCGAGGCCGAUGUUGAUCGGUUAAUGGAACAACUUGCUGACGAUGCGGGCGUCGAUCUGCGCAUGGCCCUUGAAGCUGAUACCGCUCCCAAAGAAGAAGUCAAGGAACAUAAACAGGCUGAUGCUGAGGUCGAGGACGGCCUGGGUGCGAGAUUGAGAGCUCUCAGGGCGGCUAACUGAGGUAAUUCAGCUAUUCACUCACACUCUACUUGCGUCCGGCCUCGGGCGAUUGUUAAUAAUGCGAAAGGGUAAAAAAAUCCCUUGUAACUCCGCGGGCCUCUUCUCUUUCCCUCCUUUCGCUGUCAACAAACAACGCGGAUUUGCUACUGCUGCUUUUACACCAGAUCCAUGGAGAGACAUGCCUCUUGACCUUCCUUCCCUCUCCUCAAUUUUAUCGGAUUUCCUUGUUUAUGCACUUUUAUAAUGGUCCUCUUAGGAGUUGCUGUGAUCAGGUGCAUGUUUACAUUGGUUUGCAUUGGGCACUUUCUGUUAUCUAGUUUCGUUACUCCUAGAUGUGUGCUGCACUCGCUGGUAACCUCUGUUGAAGAAUCAAUAUUCUUAGGUCCAUAGACAUCGGUGAGACUACAGUGAAGUGAUCUUGCUUUCUAGGUAAACUUUGAUUCCUCUGCACCUGAUAAAAGUGCCUCUCUUGGUCACCACCCAUUUUCUGAUACCCUUUUAUAAGCAUAUCCCUGGACUAAUUGGUAGUCUAAGAAAAAUAGGGGCAUACUAGCCAUGUUUUAAGUGUACUGCGUGUUUAAACCAUCGUAAAAAGAGCUCUGGGAUAUUGGGUAUUAUUAGUACAUCUAGAUUAGCCGGUAGAUUGGUAUCUCCGCACUUGCGCACGGUGAUUAAUUCCAUCAUCAGGAGCAUAGACUGACUUUCUUCUGCCUUUUUUUUUCGGACAC